CGCCGGCUGAAGCAACAGGCGGCGGGCGUUGUACAUCGUCUUUGUUGACGCGUAGGCACGUCUCUGGCAGUCGUAUCGAAGUGCUUUGACGGUGACUAUACGAAUCAUUUGUUGCUGCUUCGCGCGUUCUGUAGCUGACUUUCGAACUUGUGAACCAGGAACUCGUCGGCAACAUAGUCUACGCUGACGAACUGAAGUAAUACGCGGAAAGUGGAACAUUUCCGUAAUUAUAAUUAUUCGGAGCUCGGAGGGGCUUCGAUAUUUAUUUCUCCAACGACGAUGUCUAACAACAGGAUGCAGACCGUUGUAAAGAACCCCACGUGGUGGGGUCGCCGCACCGCCAUGGAGCGCGGGCUGACGCUGGUGGCGACGGUGGCGCUCCUGCUGGCCGGCGCGCUCGCCAUCUCGCUGGGCGCCCUCGUCGCCAGGCAGCAGCACCAGUCCGAGUCGCCGAGGCCGGUGGCAGUCGAGUCCAGAGGGGCCGCGACCUCGGGGGUCGGCCGGGCGCCGGUGACGACGCGUUCCAGCGGCGCCGACAGCUUCCAGGACGUCUGCCUCACGCCGGGGUGCGUGCGCGCAGCAUCCGAGGUGCUGGACAAGCUGGACCCGUCGGCGGACCCCUGCGACGACUUCUACCAGUACGCGUGCGGCAACUACCUGCGCACCACCAACAUCCCGGACGACAAGUCGAAGGUGAGCACCUUCUCGGCUCUCAACGACCGGCUGCUGGAGAAGCUGCGCGCCGCCAUAGAGGAGGAGGACGCCCCCGCGCUCGUCCCCAGGAGCCUGCGGCUGGCCAGGAAGCUCUACAGCGCCUGCAUGAACAAGACGCUGAUCGAGUCCCGCGGGCUGGCGCCGCUCCAGAGGGUCCUGAAGGAGGACCUGGGAGGCUGGCCCGUCGUGGAGGGCGACUCCUGGGACGAGGCGGGCUUCGACUGGCGGCAGAGCGUCUACCGCUUCCGCAGGACCGGCUACAGCGCCGACUACCUCAUCGAGUUCUCCGUGGUUACCGACUUUCGCAACUCCUCGCACCGCUCUAUGUAUGUAGACCAGGCAUCACUGGGGCUGAGCCGCGAGUUCCUGGUGAAGGGCCCCUCGGACAAGCUGGUGGACGCCUACUACCAGUACCAAGUCGACCUGGCAGUUCUGCUGGGGGCUAACAGGACUCGUGCUCAACAAGAGCUCAGGCAGUCCCUCGAGUUCGAGAUAGCUCUGGCCAACAUCUCACUGCCCAAAGAGGAGCGGCGCAACUUGACGCAGCUGUACAACCCGUACACGGUGGAACAGCUGCAGCGCGAGUUCCCUCUGUUGCCGUGGCAGGAGUACCUGCGGGCGAUGCUGCCGCCGCACAUCACUGUCUCCGACGAUGACGUGGUGGUGGUGGUGGUGCCGUCCUACCUCGAGAGCCUCCGAGGACUGCUCAACCACACCCCCAAGAGGGUGAUGGCCAACUACGUGAUGUGGCGGGCAGCCAGUGAGUCGGUGUCGUACAUGACGGAGAAGCUGCGCAGCCGCCAACUCGAGUACAGCUCCGCCCUGUCCGGCAAGACAGCGCGGGAGCCCCGCUGGAAGGAGUGCCUCGGCAUCGUCGCCGCUGGCGUGGAUCUCUCCGUGGGCUCCAUAUACGUGCGCAAGUACUUCGACGAGGAAGCGAAGAAGGCGGCACUCGAGAUGGUGGACGACAUCCGCCAGGAGUUCCUCCGCAUCCUGCAGGAGGUGGACUGGAUGGACGAGGCCACCAGGAAGAAGGCACUCGAGAAAGCCAAGUCCAUGGUCGCCCACAUCGCGUACCCUGACGAGUUGCUGGAUGACGCCAAGCUCGACAAGUUCUACGAAAAGCUGGACAUCAGCCCGGCGCUGUACCUGGAGAGCGUGCUCAACCUGUCCAGGUUCGCCGUCGACUACUCCUUCGGCCGGCUGCGGGAGCCCGUCAACAAGACGGAGUGGACCAGCCACAGCAAUGUGGCCACCGUCAACGCAUUCUACGACACCCUCGAGAACUCCAUACAGUUCCCAGCGGGCAUCCUCCAGGGCGCCUUCUUCAGCGCUGACCGUCCCAAGUACAUGAACUACGGCGCCAUCGGCUUCGUCAUCGGCCACGAGAUCACGCACGGCUUCGACGAUGAGGGUCGCCAGUUUGACAAGGACGGCAACCUGGUGGACUGGUGGGAGCCCGUGACCCACGACAAGUUCCUGGAGAAGGCAGAGUGCAUCAUCUCGCAGUACGGGAACUACACCGAUGAGCAGACUGGCUUGCACCUGAACGGGAUCAACACGCAGGGGGAGAACACGGCGGACAACGGCGGCGUGAAGGAGGCGUACCGCGCCUACCUCGCCCUGCAGCGCCGCGCCGGCCAAUCAGAGCCGCGCCUUCCGGCGCUGGCCGGCCUCUCCCCGCGGCAGAUGUUCUGGGUGUCCGCCGCGCAGACCUGGUGCUUCAAGUACCGCACUGAGGCGAUGCGCCAGCUUAUCACGACAGGAGUUCACUCCCCGGGCCGGUUCAGAGCACUGGGCUCGAUCAGCAACCGGCCCGAGUUUGCCGAGGACUUCGGGUGUCCACUCGGCUCCCGCAUGAAUCCGGUGGAGAAGUGCCAGGUGUGGUAGAGGAUCCGAGGGGGGACACCGAACAGCCGGGGCCUGUCGCCGACCUCUGACUGCUUCUGCCAGCCACCGAGUACCACACUCGUGUAACUCUAAACCUCAAGAACAGAAGGGAAACUA